AUGGAUCAGAGGUAUAAACUGCAGCAGGCGCUGAUGCAGCAGGCCAUGUUCCAGCAGCAGCAGCAGCAGCAGCAGCUUUACCAGUCCGGCGUCCUCGCGGCCGCCAUGUCGCAGGUCAGGGAUUCUCUAGCAGGCCCGCGUCCUCGCUGCCGUCAUCUGUUUUCUCGAUUGUUAUUUUUCGUCUGUGGAUCUCUACAAAACCAUGGUUAUUCGGGUCGUCGUGCUCGUGCUGAAUUCUUUGUAUCCCAGACAUUCUUUGCAUUCCAACCUUAUCUUUCCUUGUUCAUAUAGCUCUUUGUCAGUGCGUGUCUCGUUCGGAAUGCAGGCAUUUUAGAUUUUUUUUCUUGUUCUUCGGUUUGUCCGUCCUGAUCUUUCUUCUGAUUUUUUAUUAGAAGAGAAAUUUAAGCGUUAAAGGCCCGCGCCUCUUUAAUGUCCCGAAUAUUUUAGAGUAAUUUUGUUCCAAAAUCUCCCGUCGUCAAUUAUUGUCGCCUAUUUUUUUCAUUGGUUGCAGUUUUUCUUAAUAAGACUUAAAGAGGAUUUUCAUUAGUCUACCUGGAACACGACCUGUUCUUUCUAAUUGCCUUAGUGCAUGGAUGACGACUCAGAAAUGUUGGAUGGACUUAUUUUAUAAAUUGUAGCUCAUAUUUGGCCGGUGUACGAUAUGAAACUUUGUUGUUCCCAUGCUUCUUUGUUUAGACUUCCAAAGCAUUUCGGGCAGUUACUUCAUGUGCUGUUGGAUUCUACUCGUCGCCAUUUCUACCUGAGGCACUUGGUGUUAUGGGUUCUGUUUCUCAAUUUUCUACUUUUGUGUUUUGCAGAUGGAGCCUGCUCCAAGUGGAAAUCUUCCCCCUGGAUUUGAUUCUUCUUCAUGCCGCAGUGUGUGAGUGUUUUUUAGCAUUUCCUUUGUCACGUUCCAUCUCUUUUUUAAUUGUUUUAUCAUGUUUGCUCAAGUAUGUGGAGUAUUUCUUAUGACACUUUCCACUUGCGAGGUUCAACACCCACAUUUUAGUUUUCUUCUUACUGGGUUUUUUUUUUGUGUUUUGCAUUUUGGGGAAUCCAUUUUUUAUCAUAUUCGUUUUUGUCACUGCUUAAGCAUUUGACGUUGGGCCAUUUCUAAAAAAGAUGCAUACUUUAUGCACAUUCGUUUAUGCAUGUUUUCUAAAAAAAGAUGCUUACUUUUCAUUAUCCGUGUUUGCUAUAUUUGAUAUUCUAAAACUUUAUGCUUGUCAGAUACAUCGGUAACAUUCAUCCCAAUGUCACUGAGAGCCUUCUCGCAGAGGUUUUUCAAAGUAUUGGUCCACUUGAAGGAUGCAAGCUUAUCCAAAAGGAAAAGGUUGGAUCGCUAGUUGGAGAAUUCUUCUUUGUGUCGAGCAUUCCUUUCAUCAAAUUGUGGGACAAAUUUUUAACUUCAAAAUAUUUCUUUUGGCUUUUUACAGAGCUUUUAUGCAUUUAUGUAGCCGACCCAUCUUUCAUCACGGUCUCAAACACUUUGCAAUAAUAAUUUUUCUUCUCUUAUUUAUUGCAUCCAUAAUUGUUUGUCAAUGUUGUAAUUUGCAUUCUUUAUCUGGCCUAAGAUGGUUUCCCUGCAAACCACGGUGAGAUGUGGGUCAACACAGUUGUAGAAAAAGGGAAAUGGAUGAGAAUCAAAGAGUAACAGUGCGGUAGAUGGCUACGGAAAUAAAACAAGAACUGAUCUCGGUAAUGAGAAAGCCUUUGAGAUGGCAGAUCAACCCGCCAAAAUAAUCAUAACCUAGGUUUUGAGUUGGUAGGUUUUCCACACAUCUCCCCCUCGCCCAUCCUCGAAGUUUGCAUAUGUCUGCAAACCGUAGAAUCUGAAAUUAUCCAGGACAAAAAUGAUUGAAUCAUCACUAGCCUAUUUUGAUGUGGCCCCAAUUUGGUGGCUGGCGAGAGGUUGGAUUAAGUUAAACUUUAGAACGAUCAACGGAAAAAGACCAAAUCUCGGUCGUGCUGUUUAGUUUCUGGGAAGAACCCUACUAUUUUGGGAAACAAUAUUGAAGAGUCAUGCUUAUGGUUCGCUGAUGGAGGACAUAGGAAAAAGAAAAGAAGGAAAAUAAAAGGAAACACCUGGAUUUUCUUGGGAUUGAGUUGGAUUAUGAGGAAAGUCAAAUUGACUAGAUGGGGAGAGGAGGUGAGAUCUGUCUAUCAAGCGAGUCUCUUGGAGGAAGUUAAAGACUGCAGUUGUUUAAUUCCAUUUGAGACAUUAACAUGCAUACUAGCCGUGCUAUAUUAUAAAAAGUAAUAACUGAAUAGGAUUUGUGCAUCUUUCUGGAAUCAGUUUUUUGGAGGUGAUUACGAAGAGUUUGGUUGGUCAUGCUUGACAACAUGACCCUCCUUAGUGGACGCCUCGCAUAUGGGGUGUACUAAUGAAUCACCUAGCGAGCCUUAUUGUCUUGGAGCUUUGUUUCACUAAAUCUUGCGUGUCUGCUUUGCUCACGCCGCUGCUUAAAUAUCCUCAGAGUGAUGCAUUCUGCAUCAAACUUGAGUAUUUUGUUAAAUUCUGGCCAAGGACUUGAAUGAAAUACCACCAUGAGAAUUCAAUAAUUACUGUAUUUGAGGCUUCACAAGGUGUUAAAUCUAACCUAUUAUCAUUCUUUGCUUCUUAGUCUUGUCGUACUCAUAUAUGUUUAUUUUUCGCAAAAAACCGUGGGGUUAUCUCAUGAAGUGAUUAAACUCUCAUACUUGUGGCUAUCUGUCUACUCUGGCAGUAUUUUAUGUUAUCACGCACUGAUGAUCCUAUGAUGCGGACUUUCAUGGUCAUAUUUCUUUCUUCAGGUCUUUUGUUGUGAAAACGUAUGUAGUGUUUGUACAUAGAGCCCCGAGUAAUUGCUUUGCAAUCGCUGGUUUUGUAUUCGGUCAAAGCCAGGUUAAUUUUUAAAUGAUAGAUAUAAUCUUUUAUUUUUUGUGCACACUAAAAAAGUUGGAGUGAGGUUUCCAUUUAUCUGAUUUUCUUGGGGUUUUCAUGAGAGAGAUAGCUGACAAUUUUUGUUUAAUUGGCAGUCUUCGUUUGGGUUUGUUGACUACCAUGACAGGAGGUCUGCUGCACUUGCAAUCAUGACUCUACAUGGGCGUCAGCUGUACUGAUUCCUGUCUUAACCUGUGUGCGAAAUGAUUGAUCAUUUUUUCCCGAAAAGUUUGGGAUUUUAUGCCACUUAUCUUCUCUUAAUGUAUCAGAGGAAAUCCCCCUAGGUUGCCACUGAGCGUCUAUUGCAAUUUCCUUGCAGAUAUGGUCAAGCAAUAAAAGUGAAUUGGGCAUAUGCUAGCGGCCAAAGGGAAGAUACAUCAGGUCAUGGUUUUCAUCUGUUGUUUUGUAUUUGGAUUUGAUUCCUUCAUUUAUCAGAAAGACAGUUCUUUUUUGUGACGUUUUUUACAUUGUUAUAAUGUUCUCAGGCCAUUUCAAUGUUUUUAUUGGAGAUCUAAGUUCUGAAGUCACAGAUGCAACACUUUAUGCAUGUUUCUCAGUAUACCCAAGCUGUUCGUGAGUUUCUGCUUGCUCUUGCUGACCAAUUGCUUUGCUCCAAUCUCAAUUUUGAGUUGGAAAAUUUCUCUUUGAUAUCCAAUUCAUGUGCUGCUAAACUGGAUGUGUUCGUCUUACAAUAUCUGGCUUUCUAGGUUAUUUCAUUAUUCUGUUUUUUGUAUGUAGUGAUGCACGAGUUAUGUGGGAUCACAAGACUGGACGCUCCAGAGGCUAUGGCUUUGUUUCUUUUCGAAACCAAGAGGUAGCCUUGACCCAGGAAUAGGAUGAUUUAAAUUGAUUAAACAGCCUGCCAGCUAUUUGUGGUCAAUAUCUCGCAGAAGAAUUUAUAAAAUUUGAAUUCAAAAUCUAUGAAAGUUUCAGUAUUGAUAUCAUGCCCAUGGCUUUAUUACGAGACAUAAAUUUCCUAUUCCGUUACCUUCUCUUCAUUGUUAGACGCUCUUAUCAUUAUGGACCGUACGCUUUUGACCCAAGUGACCCUGAACUUAUUCACCAACAAAAUCCUAACUAUUCUAUAGUGUCUAUCAAUUCACAACUUUGUGGGAAAAGAACCCUGGAAGUGUGCUGAUUGUUCUCCUGCUGGCAGGCUUUUUACAGCCUGUCUGAUACAUGGAAGGAAAGCCAGAGAAAACAACUUUUACUUUUUACCGUAAAUGCUAGUGAAAACACCUCUCAGUGAUAAGCGAUGAUAGAAAGAGCCUUCCCGAUCCUCCCAAUGCAAUUUUCUGAAAGCUUAUUGAACUACAUGUGUGGAAAUCUCAGUUGAAAAUCUUCAUAUCUUUUUAUUUCUCAUUGUGGCUAGAUGGUUGCGUUCUUAAAAUGUGCUGUGCCAUCUUACUUUAUUUUCUCGUUGUGUUGAUUUUUCAGGAUGCUCAGAGUGCCAUAAACGACAUGAAUGGUAAGAAACUAGCAAUUUUUGUUUUCAUGUGAUUGCUUGGCUAUUUUUUCCAUCCGUACUUUCCACUCGCCGUGGUAAUUAAAAAUGUAGUACUAAUUGGAGUUGAGUAUAUCAUGAACAGUGGCGAAAACCCCGGAACAGUAUGCAGAGGAAAAACUCUUCUCGUUUUCACAUAGAUGACUAUUAUGUACAAGUACCAGGGUCACAGAACAAGGAAACUACCGAACAACUAGGAAACCGUGACUCUAGGAAAAUCAACCAAAAAACUUGGAAACGGUCCAACUACAAACUGAACUCCUAAUUAUACGUUCCUUCCCACAAGGUACCGUUCCCCCUUAAAUGGGUGGCAGAAUAUCAAAUUAAAACUGUGGUUGUGAGGAGCCAGAUGCAUGUCUUCCGAUGACCAAACUGCAUAUAUGUUCGUUUUUCGCUACAAGAGGUUGUUCAAAUGCUCGUCAUUAAACCGCUACUUGAGUUAUUUUAGAAAAAGGAUGGAUGGGAGAUUUGUGUGUGAAAUGAUGCAUGUGAGAGAGUGGACUUUCCCCUGAUGAUGCGAAGUCGACAUUCUUAGCUUAUUCUCUAUUUAUCUCAAUGUUGGCAGUGUAAUGCUUGCGGCGCACUUGUCAUUACCGUGGUGCCUGUUUGCCCAACAUUCUUUGACAGACAAUGUUUCGUGCUCCACAGGUAAAUGGCUUGGGAAUAGACAAAUCAGAUGCAACUGGGCGACUAAGGGUGCUGGUGAAGACAAGCAAAGUGAUGAAAACCAAAAUUCCGUUGUGUUAACCGCUGGAAGCUCAGGCAAGUAUUUCAUCUUUCAUGUGACAGACAUUCGAUUCCGUGAAGCGAGCUAGUCAUGAAUUCAGAUCAUCAUUAAAUCGCCCAACCAAGGUAUCCGAAGUUCAUAAUAGCCGACGGCCAAUGAUCGAUCAGAUCCUCUCGUAUUUAUCUUCUCGGUUCUUCUGAUAGAUGUUGUACAAGUCCUCUGUUUACUUCUUUGCCACAAAUCAACUGCGCACUAUUGAUGGGAUACGAGUAGAGCCAGGUUCAUUCUACCCCAAUCCAUUUUCUCUCACCUAUAUUUAGGCGAUCGCCACUUCUCGCCAUCGUGAAGGCUCGCCCCAUGGGAUCUGGGCUCUGCUUUGUGCUCAGGGUUCGGUGGGUAUCUGCUGUGAGGUUGACAACUGCUCCAUCUCCACGUAGUUAUGCUCCUGAGUAGCGAUUUUUCUUUCUGCGGUGGAAUAUUGCCGGCAGAGAAUUAAAACUCUCUAGGGUUCUUCGACUUAUCUCUCAUGACGUUCUUGAUUCAUAUACUUUUUUCCAGGCAUCAUGAGACAUUCCUAUUCAUAUAGACGUUCAAUAUAUAUAUAUGUAUAUAUAUAUAUAUAUAUAUGCUCUUUCUCCCAAACAUCUCCAGCCAUCAUGCGAUGGGCAGCAUGCAUACAGAUUGACGUCACUCUCUCCCUUGGAACAUAUGGAAUGAUUGAGCUGUAUCCCUCCUAUUGGCCACCUAGUCUAUCCUUCGAAGCCGCUUUCUACUCCCCACUCCCAAUUGGAACCCCUGGGGACUAGCUUGGAGCUACUGCCCGGCCAUUUCUUCCCUCUCAAUCUCAUCUGGUGCAGAGUGCUUCUCAGUAAACAGGUAAGAAGAACCUUCACACGAGCGCGGGUGCAGAAGGGCAACCGUGCUGCUGCCCACUGAGAGGGGAACCGAAAGGAGUAAGCUUUAGCCUUCCCCAUCCGAGGUCCUCUUCAGAAGAGGGUUGAGCACUGUGAUUGCAUACCAGAUCCAUCCCCUUCUCUGCCAUCAUUCGCAAGUGGAAUGAAUGAGCGUCGUUUUCUUUCUGUUUCGGUUUUCCCUCUCCUGCCGGCUACUGAGGGAUUGACUCUUCUUUGAGAUUUUCUUCAUUUCUCUUUGGCUCAGAUGGAGGUCAGGAAGCUUCAAGUGAGGCCCCCGAGAAUAAUCCGGCCUACACAACUGUGUACGUCGGGAACCUGGCCCACGAGGUAAUCUCUGUUUCGACUGUCCUGUCACCCCUUUGAAGAACCCUACUUCACCCUCUUGGGAGACGCUGGAGUUUGACCUGUGCUUUCCUCAUGUGAGUUGAUUUCUUCCAGGUCACCCAGCCGGAGCUCCACCGGCAGUUCCACGCUCUCGGGGCAGGCGUCAUCGAGGAAGUCCGCAUACAGAGGGAGAAGGGCUUCGGCUUCGUGAGAUACCGCAUCCACGAAGAGGCCGCAUUGGCCAUCCAAGCGGCCAACGGGCGCAUCGUCUGCGGGAAGUCGAUGAAGGUCAGCAGGCCCCUCCCUCUCUCUCUCUCUCUCUCUCUCUCUCUCUCUCUCUCUCUCUUACACACGCAUCCUUGUGCUUCAGUGCUCCUGGGGCAACCGGCCGACUCCCCCCGGCACGGUGUCGAAUCCGCUGCCGCCGCCGCCGGCGGGGCCGCCGCUGCAGCUCCUGCCACCAACGGCCGGCUCGACCAACCGGGGGGGGGGCUACACGGCGUCUGAGCUGUUGGCCUACCAGCGCCAGCUCGCCCUGGCUCAGGCGGCCGCCGGGCCCUUGGCCUCACAGGCCUCCCCCGGGCUCGGCUCCGGCAGCUCCCUGGCCCUCUACGACGGCUAUCCAAUCAACUACUACCACUGA